ACGGAAGCAGCAACAAUAAAAACAAUAACAAUGCUAAAGUUCCAGGUUCACUCCCCUGGCAAGGUGAUUCUACAUGGCGAGCACGCUGUUGUUUACCAGAAGCCCGCUCUGGCCGCUGUCGUGGGAUUGGGCACCAAGCUGCAACUGCGCACACAAUUGAACAGCCAGGUGGCCAGCUUCCAGCUGGAUGCCCUCAACUGCACCUUAGAAAUAGAUCUAAACGAGUUCAAUGCGUUUCUGGCCAACUUUCGUAGCAAAUAUCCGGGCGAUCAAUCGGAGAGCACUGCCAAGCUGAUGGAGGAAGUGCGUGCAGAGGUUGCCAAGCAGCUGGAACGCACUGGGGGCAAUAGUUCACCCAAGCAGCACACACAGCGCGCCUUUAUAUCUAUCUACUAUCUGCUGGCUGGCGCUGUACUAACUGCACCCAGUGAAUCCUCGUUGACACUGCAGUCUGGUUUCCAGGUGCAAGUUGAUACAGAGCUGAAUGUUGGCGCCGGUCUCGGCAGCUCUGCAUCCUAUGGCGCUGCUUUGGCCACCGCUUUUCUCAUCAUGGCCGGCCACUUUGAUCAAUCCAGCUACUUGCAGGAUGAAAACUUGGCCUUGAUUUCGCAUUGGGCUUAUGAGUCGGAACGUGUAAAUCACGGCACGCCUUCCGGCGUGGAUAACACAGUUUGCACCUAUGGCGGCAUUUUGCGUUUCGUCAAGGGUCAAGGCUUUCAAGCGUUGAAAAUCCAAAAGCCGCUCAACAUUUUGCUUGUCGACAGUCGCAUCAGUCGAAGUACCGCUGACAUUGUGGCCAAAGUGCGUCACUUGGCCGAGGAAUUCCCGCAGCUAAUCGAGGCCAUUUGGCAGGCAUGCGAGCAGCUGGUGAGCUCGGCAAUUCCGCUUUACGAGAGCUUCGGCAAUGCCCAGGAUGACAGUCAAAAGUUUGAGAAACUGGAGCGUCUCUUUCAGAUCAACAAUGAUCUCUUAAAGGCAAUUGGCGUCUCGCAUCCAAAACUGGAGCAAAUAUUCACAAUUGCCUUCAAGCGUGGAUUCUUCUCCAAGCUGACGGGUGCUGGAGCCGGUGGUUAUGCCAUUGUCCUGCUGCCCGAGAACUACGAGUGCAACGAGGUCUACUGGAAGCUGAAGGAGGAACUCGAGGGAGCUGGCUUCGGUGUGCAUGUGACAACAGCUGGAGGCGUUGGAUUGCGUGUCAGCUCCUUGGAUGAUUGAUAUGCUCAUUGCUUACAAUUGUAUUUUAUUCUAUUGGUUUUGUUAUUACUUAAAAUAAAUAUUUUAUACGCAAUAUUGA